CACACGGACAUCACUGCCAGCCAGUCUACUCCGAGAUCUCGACUUGGUAAGAGGUUCUUUAGUCAAAGCUCUGUCAAGAAUUUUUCCACCUUGUCAACAAAAAUUUUCAGUGAUCUUUAUAAGUGUCGUUGAUAAAUUUGUGUUAAGUGACAAGAUCAUCAAACAAUAAUUAUCUCUCAAUUGUCCAAAAAUUUCAUUCUAUUUUGAAAGUUUGUGACUAUUUUUCCGGGGGUUUUAAUUUUUCCAAGUCUUAAUUGACUUUUCGAAAUUUCAACCAGAGUUUAGUGUAUUAUGUUAAUAUGAACGUUUAGAAUAUCAAAAGGAAUUUGUUUGUCUUUAUCGUAAAAGUUAGAGAGAAAUUUUCCCUUAAAUCUCAAGAAUGACAGUCUUAAGAAUGACAUCACCGGUGACACCGCCCUCAACGAGUCCAGGUUCACCAAAUCAGGCACAGGCACCACAAGCCUCACCUAGUCCUGUACAUCAUUUAAGUUUCUCCGUAGCUGCACUUCUAGCUGAUACCAAAAAAACCACUGACACAUCAUCCAAAAUCAGUAAUUCAUCAGCUUCACCAAGAUCAUCACCCAUUACCUCGUAUUCUCCAGUUCAUCAUCUAAUGGGAAAUUCACCACUAUCAAAAUAUGCACCCAGCGAUCUUAGGCUACGAUAUGGUAUUGCCGAUUCUCUUAAGGAUUUUUCCGAAUCCAGAAUACCACAACAUUAUUGUGAUUCGCCAAAAAGUAAAGACAGUGGAACAUCCUCAAAACUCUACGAUCAGGAUUUCACUGUUGCCGGAUCACCGACGCAUCGUACUUUAUCAUCUGGAUUAUUGGACUAUCGGAUAAGUACAUCACCAGUGUCGACGGAUCUAAAAACACCAGACUCAAGAGUUACACUUUCACCAAAGCAUCAUUCGAUUAUUAUCAGAGAUUUUAGAUCACAAUCACCGAGAAGUUCAUCGCACGACGAGGGUCGUUCAAGGUGCUCGGAAAUUGAAGACGUUGACGAUGUUGUUGAUGAUGAUGAAUCGAGUUUAGUCGAUGUUGAGGAUCUUCAACAACAACACACAAGUCCCACACCCGUGAGGCCCACUCCCGCCUAUAUUGGUGGAUUUUCGGCCCUCGGUAGUAUCCCUGGAAUCACGUCCAGCCUACAUCCAGCGAUUUGGGGUGGACAUCAAUCAGCAGCGGCCGCCACCUUUUUCCCGUCGCACUUCACUCAUCAUGCACCUCUCAAUGAAAACGGAGAACCAGCGAAAAUCAAGUGCAAUCUUAGAAAACAUAAACCAAACAGAAAACCUAGGACUCCUUUCACGACGCAACAACUCCUUGCUCUGGAGAAGAAGUUCCGCGAGAAACAUUAUCUCAGUGUUGCCGAAAGAGCGGAAUUUUCCUCUUCACUUCAUCUUACUGAAACGCAGGUAAAAAUUUGGUUCCAAAAUAGGAGAGCAAAGGCGAAACGUCUUCAGGAGGCUGAGAUCGAGAAACAGAGAAUGACAGCGGUGACUCAACAUCACACGGCACUUUAUGGUGCGCAUCAUGGUCUACUUGGUCCAACAGGACUUUAUCCAGUAGGAAUGCUGUCCCAUCCUGGUUUGACGUCUCAUCAUCCUAUUCCACAGCACCUUACAAGGGAAUGAUCAUGUGGAAUUAAAAAGUAGACAAGAGAGAGAGAGAGAGAGAGAAUCUGGGCGGUCUUGAAUCUCGAGCUACGCGCUGUGUGUUUAUAUAAAGUGUAAAGUAAAAAACAAGAGAUCCAACUGUACGCACAUCUUGAGGAUAGAUUACUGAGUAUAUGGUUUCAGGAACGAGAGAGAAAGAGAGAAAGAUUGCGAGUAAUCGCGCUAAUUAAUAAUUGCCAGAGUUGUAUUUAAUUGGACGUGUAAUGAACUGGCUGUUUAUGCUCGCCAUAGAGGCACACUCUUCGCGAGUCAACCAUGAAAACACUCCAUGAGUCUGUAAAUAUAAAUUGUAAAUAAUAUCACCUCGUGAUGAUCAAAUUAUUUUGUAAAUAUAUAUGUAUGUAUAUGUGAUCGUUUCGAUAAAUGUUUAAUUAAAAAUCGCAGUAGACUCCGUUCUACUCGGUUUCUUUUCAUUUUUUUUUUUUUUUUUUUUUUUUGUAUAAAUGUAAGUAAGAUUGAUAGAAGAGACUAUUUAAUAAAUUGCAAUGUCUUCAUUAUA